AUGGAGGAGAACAAGAAAUAUAUUGAAACAAUGGAUAAAAUAUACAAAAUAUAUUCAGAUGAAAAAAACACAACUAAUGAAUUAUACAAUGAAAUCAAGGAUAACUUAAUUGACCCUGGAUGUUUUACCCCAGAAAAAAUGAUAUAUAUAUUAUGUGAUGUUGGUGAACUUAGACUAAGAUUUCGUCAUGCGUAUAUUGAGUUAAUGCAGAGAAUAUAUGAAGAAUAUCAAUGUAUUCACGAUUCAAUAAUCAAAUAUCUUUCAAGCUAUGAUAGUGAGCUUAACAAUACAGUUGAUGAAGCAAUAAUAAAUGAUGACGAAGAAGCAUUUAUGAAAUUCAUGAACUUUGAGAUAAUUGAUAUUGAUGGUUUGUUUAAAGACUGUUGUUUAUAUGGAGCAGAAAAUAUUUUCAAAUUAUUAAGAACAAAAUAUAAUAUGAUAAUUACCAAAGAAUGUCUUGAUGCUUCAUUUAAAGGGAACAAUUCAUAUAUCAUAAAUGAAUGUUUGAAAAGACAAAAUCCUGAUAAAUCUACAAUGAAAGCAGCAAUUGAAUCUCAUAAUAUUUAUAAUGUUAUUAAAUUGAGCAAUGAAUACAACAUAGAAAUUAGUUAUAUUUAUUGUGAAAUUUAUUAUAAUCUUCAUGCAUUACUUAUUUAUUUAAAUCAAACUAAUGAUUUCCACUCAUGUUUGUUUUCAUCUCCAAGUUUUGGAAUUCUUUCUCUUUGUAAAUACCUGCUAUCGAAUGACACAAUUAAUAAUUAUUAUACUGUCCAUAAUGCAAUAAAUGAAAAUCAAAUGGAAAUUGCAAAAUACUUGAUUUUGAAUGAUACUGAUAUUAUUCAUAUGACUAUGGACAAAUAUGGAACUCUACUUGAUAUCGCUGUCACACACAACGCAACUGAUUUGGUGGAAUUACUUGUCUCACUUGGGGCCGAUAUCAAUAUCAAAGGUCAAAAUAUGCAUAAAUUAUCUUUAUUACACUUUGCAUCCAUAUAUAAUAAUAAAAAAGUCGUUGAAAUUCUCAUUUCAAAUGGGGCAGAAAUAGAUGAAAAUAUGAAUAGCGACAGUACCACACCUCUUCAUGCAGCAUUGACGUUUAAUAAUAAAGAAAUUGCCCAAUAUCUUAUUUCACAUGGUGCAAACAUCCACAAAAAAAGAAAAAUAUGA